AUGGUGAAUCACUCGAUUCCUGAAGGGACCCAGCUACCGUAUAUCGCGGCGGGCCAGCCGAAUUCAGAAGCUCCACGGCCCGACGGGGCCGAUCUAAUCGAUGAAAUGGAGCAGGAAAUGGCGACUGUCAAUAUCGGCCACCUCCAGACGCACUGCCCGAACCCGCCGGCCCCCGAGCCGCCAAAGCCAGGCCGCAAUGUCGGGUCUUCCGGAAAAAUCCGACACCGCGCCACGUUUGUCCCGACCCGGCAUACGGUAGAUGAACUCCGGGACGCGCAAGUGCUUGUCGGACCCGACAUUAAUCGCAUACUCGGCCAGUCUGUCAACAUGUGGACGAAGCCGAGCGAGAAGCUGAGUGUCCGCCGGACGCCCGGAGUGGCGCAUGGGAGUUUCGAGGAGCUGGAGCUACAACCGUUUCUGAUGAGCAACAUCCGGGAAGCAAGUUUCGAUCACCCGACUCCGAUCGAGUAUUUUGGCAUCCCGAAGAUGGUGGCAAUGGACCCGGAAACGGGUCUAUUGAUGCACGAAGCGAUGAUUUGGAGCUCUCAAACAGGGGCUGGUAAAACUACCGCUUAUGUUCUGGGACUCCUGGAGUUGCUGGCACGCGGGGAAGCUCCUCGCGAAGCGGCAAAAAACCCCCGCGCCUGCCAGCCCCGCGCCAUCAUCAUCGCCUCAAUCCACGAGUUGGCCGAGCAGAUCGCUAACGAGGGUCGCAAAUUCGCAGCGGGCAGCGGGCUGCACGUCGAGGCACUUUACGGCGGGACGUUGGUGAAUAAUUGCAUCGAUCGACUGGAUAAGAAUAUCGACAUUGUCGUGGCGACGAUCGGGCGACUCCACGAUUUCAUGGAACGGGGCCUGCUCGACACGAGUCGCUUGGAAUAUCUCGUAGUCGACGAAUUCCACGAAUUUGUCGACUCCUGGAAGUCCGCCUCGAUGACGAUCGACUUUAACAGGUUUUUAAACCGACUGGGAGAUUUUGCUCCGGCCAGCGAGCGGCCGUACGCAGUCCUGCUCACGUCGGCGGCAAUGAACAUGAAUUUGCGGAGGGUUGGGAAGAGAUUGUUAACGAUUGAAGAAUUCGAAUAUGUGGGGGCAGAUAAUCACGAUGGCGGCUCAUGCUAUCGCCCAAUUUACCUCAACGACAACGAUCCAGAAAAUCUGGACGUCUUCUCGAUCUCUGUGGGCCGGGAUAUGACCGCGAAUCCGCUCAUUGAACAGAACUUUGUCGACGCCCGAGAGAUUGGACGUAAUGGAAUUCUGGAUCGCAUUGAAGCGAUUUUGCGGGAACAAUUUGAUGAUCUGGAAGAGUUGGAUCGAGCCCAGAAUUAUAAGGAUUUCUCGGAUGGCAGAAUCCCCGUCCUCGUCGCGACGAACGCCGCCGCAAACGGGCUCGAUUUUGGGGCACGCGGCGUGCAGCACGUCAUCAAUUUUGAGUUGCCAUCUACUUACGACCACAAAUUCACGUAUAUCGAGCGGAUCGGGCGCACCGGUCGCGCCGGAAAGCCCGGCCGUGCCACGACGUUUUUUGUCGAUGACCUGACGGAUGACGUGCCCCAGUUCAUUCUGGAUACGGCGAACGGCCUCGACUCCCACCAUCGCCGGGUGGGGGUGCCGAAUCUGCGCAUGGCCGAACACUUCUUGCUCCAAGCGCGUAGCGAGCACUUUUUGAGAAGC